GCCAAGCCAAACCUGAAAAAUAUACUUUACAUUCAGAAAAACAAAGCCUUUUCUCUUUUUCUGAAAUAUUGCUUUUACCAACCAAAAUUGCACAUUCCUCUAGGGUUUGAUCAACACUAUGUAUAGCUAGAAGCAAAAGAAAGAAUUUCUUUUGGGUGGAAAUUCAACGACGACUCACUCUAUGUGGUUCACCUUUCCUUCUUUUUGAAGCUAGGGAAGAAAGACUAGUCAAGAAAGAAUUUGAGGAGAUAACAACAGAAGCAUUUUCUCCUGCUAGAGCAAUACGUGAUUCAGGAGGAGAGUAUGAAAAUGGUAGUGAAAAAAUCAUCAAAAGUGAGCCUGCUGAUUCAGGAGACACACCAACUCUUAAUGCAGUCAGCUAUUCAUGUUUAAUGGAGAUUGAUGGCCAAGAUUUUCUGCAGCAGCAGCAGCAGCAGCAAGAACAGAUGCAGAUGUUCUGGAACCACCAGUUGCAGGAAAUCAAGGAGCUGAACGAUUUUAAGCAUCACCAAUUUCCCAUUUCCCGUCUCAAGAGGAUCAUAAAAUCUGAUAAGAAUGUCCUCAAGAUCUCCACUGAAACACCCAUUUUAUUUUCUAAGGCAUGUGAGCUUUUCAUUCUGGAGCUCACCCUUCGUUCCUGGUUUCACGCCCAGGAAAACAAGCGUAGAACUUUGAAGAAGAACGACUUCACUGCCGCGAUUAGGCAGACUGAGAUUUUCGAUUUCCUUGUUGACGUCGUUCCUAGGGAUGAGAUCAAUGAACAGGCUAAUGGUUUUGGGCCUGGUAUGGUGGGCUCCAGUGUAAGUGCUGUUCCGAACUAUUAUCCACUGAUGGGACAGCCUGCUAUGCCUGGGGUGAUGAUAGGAAGGCCUGCUGUGCCUGUGGUUGCUCCCUCUGUGUAUGUCCAGCCUUCGUUGCAGGCAUGGCAGGCUCCUGAAGAUAAUUCCUAUGCUGGUGGAUGGAACAGUGGACUGGGUAACCUUGAUCGUCAAAGUUAACGAUCAUGUUUGCUGUUGAUCCAGAUGCUUAGUGAAGGCUACAGGUCCUUUCAAAUAAUGUGAAUGCACCUAAUUGUCUACUUUCCAUGUAUACUGGAUUAACAGUAAUGACUUGAAUCCUGUCGUUUUGUCUGUAUGAAACUAUCUAAUUUGUUAGAAUGCUCAUGGAGUUCUAGUUUUUGGUGUAUAAUAAACGUAUCUUACUUAUCGCAUAACAAUUGUGUUAUGUUACUUUAAUCAGUUCUCCUU